AUGGCGUGGAAUGAGAUCCAAGUCUUGAUAUUUCUUCUACAACCGCUGCCAAUGGGCGACGACUCGGACGGCGUCGAUAACGUUCUGGAAGACGUUUGUCUGGCUCCUGACGAGGUGGAUAAAUUGGAAGAAAGUUGAAAAUGUUGCUUUUCAAGCUGGUCAAGGAUGUCUGGGCCACAGUUCGUUUGCUCGGCCGCGGGAAUUUCGGCAAAGUUUAUCAUAUGUGCAACAUUAAGGACGGCCGUGAAGCGGCGCUCAAGGUAGAGUUCAUCCUGUGGAAUGGUCGCAUUUGGAAUGGGUCGAGAGGCGUCGCGGUUGCCCUGCGGUUUUGAACAUUUGCUCUUUUUUCGCCUUCUGAAACUUAGAAACUUCAAAUGAAGCUUAUAGAAUCUCCAGAGCUCAGAAUAUUUUUGAAAAAAGAAACUAAAAACUCUUAGAAGCGACUAUUUUUCUUAUGAAGAAAAAUGAACCAUUGAAGAUGGAAAACGUUGCGUCACCGGACAAAUGCCUCAAGAUCGAGAGUGAAGUUAUGAAAAAGAUGAAGAAUCAUAAAGGCGUCGUCCAGAUUUACGAUGAAGGAGCUAGACUCAAUUACAAGUUCCUAUUCCAUUUUUCUUGAAAAAAUCAUUUUUAAAAAAAAGAAAAAAAUUGCGAUUUAUGAAACUGUUCAGAUUCAUCCUCAUGACCUUAUGCGGCUGGGAUCUGACGAGAAUCAGCGAAGAAGUUUAUUUUUUUCGAUUUUUUAAGUAGUCCCUCUAGGACUUUAGCGUCUAGUGGUUCCGCUAAGUGAACCUAAGGGACUGCUGAGAACUUUUAGAGACCACUUUAGCGGUCUAAUGGUAAAUCUGAGUUUUCUAGGGCUUGAAGUGGCCGCUUUAGAGUCCACAGUAGUGACGUGGUGUCUUUUUUCUAUAUAACCGAGAAUAGGCUGAAAUUCCCCCUGCAGUUACCACUGAACUCUUUUUCGGUUUUUAGCUUGUAGUAGUUCCUUUUUUUCUGUAUCAUCGUUAAUAAGCUGGUAUUUCCCCGGAAGGAUAACUGAAAUUUCAUUUUUUGAUGAAGUUUUGCUAUAAUGUACUUUAUUCCAUUCUGAUUCCGGAAAAAUAUAAAGUUUCCUAAUUUUCGGUACAUCGGCAAGUUCAAAAGCUUCGAAUUUCACCUUUUUCUAUAACUUGCGUCGUUUGUAAACUUUGAAGCUUCACAAAUCCUCCCGAAUCCUCCCAGAAGUCGAGAAGUUUUUAUUUUUUCGAAACUAGAGGCCCUGGAAUACUACAGUUUCAAAUUCGACUAACAAUGAAAACGCUCCCUUUAUCAAUUUACUAUUGAUAUAUAGCUCUCCUUUCAGUUGCGCAAUAAAUUUUCGGAUUCGACGAUUAUCCGCCUGGCCAUUCGUACCCUUAUCGCUUUGAAACGAGUGAGAAAUAAAUCGAUUUUCUUUUUGAAUUAUUGAUUUUUCAGCUUCAUGAGAUUGGUUACAUCCACAGAGACCUGAAACCGUGCAAUUUUGCCCUCCAUUGCGAUGCGGAAUCCUUUCAAAUUUAUCUCCUUGACUUUGGUUCACUUUUUCUUUGUGCUAUUGAUAUGGCUGAUUCACGGCUGGCUUGUCGAAAAAAGGGUCCUGACACGAUAAAAAAGAGUGCCUUUUUGGUGGAGGGUCCAGGCGGGCCACGCUCGCCGUGAAUUGGAUAUGGGAAAACCUCAUUAUAAAAAUUAUUGAAAAUUGAUUCAAAUAUAUAGUUUCAAUUAAGGGAUGACCAGACAAUACGCGUUCAAAGAUUCUGAGAAAAAGUGGCAGAUUCGGCAACGAAGAUCAGUUGUAAGUUUUGGGAGAGCUUUUCCUCAAUUUUAUGAGGUUUUUUGUUCCUAAAACACCAUCAGUUGUUUUCGAAAAACGUCUCAAAUCAAAGAACUUUCGGCGUUUUUAUUGCUGCUAAUUAAAAAUACGACGUCAAAAUCUGUUUCUCAUCACUUCAGAUAGUUUCAAAUUCUUAGUUGGGAUUUGUAAUUUUUGAUUUAAAAUCUUCAAGUCACGGCAAUCUUCGAAACUCUAUUUGACCUUUAACAUUAAGACUCCUAAAAUGGCAAAAGGAGUUUUAAAAAAAAAAUCUUAUCCAUGGGGCGCACAUUCGCCUCUCAGAGGGGCUUUUUUUCUCUUCGUCAGUUUUGAUCAAAAACUCAUUAGUAGAAGCUUUCAAAAGUGCUUAUUCUUCAAAAAAACAUUUUUUUUGCAGUUUAGGUAUUCUGAAGUUCCCUUUUUACCACUGGCUCUAAAUUCGUUGCCGAACCUUCUUUCUCGAGUAUUCUGUUCUUUCAAUUUUCCAUAGUUGUUCGGUGGAAAAUAAUCUUUUGACGUACCUAAGAACGAAGUUUUUUUUGAAUUUUAUUUCAGUGUCGUUUCCGCGGAACCCUGCGCUACUGCAGUAUAAACAUGCACAAGCGGAUUGAGCUCGUUUGUUUUUUUUUUGACAUUUUUCGUUUUUCUAUGACUCCGGAAGAUUUCUUCUUUCACAAUAUUGAUCUUAAGAAGCAAAAAAUCAUAUUUCAUCCAUUUUGAGGGCCGCGGGGACGACCUCUGGUCCUGGCUCUACAUGAUGCUCGAACUCCGGUGCCCUCUGCCCUGGCGCAACUCGUCGCAUCCGGAAAAAGUCGAAGUUUUGAAAACCAUGCUCAUCAACAACGUCAUCAGCAAGGAUCCGUUGGUCUCGACUGGAUUUUUGUAGAAAAUUUUCAUUUUUCAGUGUGAAUAAGGUGUUCCAGCCGGUUCUGACCCAUCUUCAAUCGCUGACCUAUCCGGACCGGCCCAACUAUAAGAUGAUAUAUGAACUGGUUUGUUGUAGAAGCGAAGAAAAAAAAAUUGAUGAAGUUGACCUGGAAAAUGGCUGAAAAUGAGUAGAUUUUAUCCAAUUAUAGUGAUUUUUCAACAUGUUGAUUGAAUAAACAGAAAAAUAUUUGAUGAAAUUUACUUAGAAAAUGGCUGAAAUUUGGUGAAUUUCAUUUAAAAAAACUUGAAAGGAUGUUCAAAUUGGCACGGCCUAAUUUUCAAAAAUCAAAGAAGUCAUUUUCAAGUCCAAUUUUUAGUCUAUUCGGUACAAAUUGCAUAGCUUUUUGAAGUAAAUUUUUUAUUUUUCGGUAAUUUUCAUUUUCAAAAUUCUGUUUUAAAACAAGAAACUCUAACAUUUUCUAAAUAGUCGGAAAGCCUAGGCCAUGUUUCACUUUCGUCCCCCUAAAAGACCCAGAAAAUCAGUUAAAAAAUAGAUUUUCCAACUUACAGAUUUUUGAUGGAAUCAUUCUCUCGGUUUGUAAAUUUCCAUGUAGAGCCCUUCAAAAGUUUUGAUUUUCCCAAAGAUUGUUCCUUUCUUAACCCCCACUUCAUCCUUCCAAUUCAGCUCUACGCAAAGAUGACUGAAUCGGGGAUAAGACUCACGGACCCGAUGGACUAUGGCAUGUUGCAGCCGACCACAAUCCCGGAAUUAAUUUCUGGUUAUACCAAAAAUUCAUUAAAUCAAGUUUUUUUUUUUUCAUUUUCCAGUCCAAGAAAAGUACAAUAUUCCUUCUCGGGAGAAGAGUCGAAUGAGACAGACUGAAGAAGAGGAGGCUGUCCGUUUUUUUUUUAAAGACAAUUCAAAAAUAUUUUUAGGAAGCGUUGAAGUUGGAGUUUGAGCCGAGUAGUGGUGAUGUUCCUGGCGGUAUUAACCUCGAGAAAAAGUUUGUUGGCGAUGUGGGUUUUUUUUUUUAAGUUUUCCGAACCGCUCGGUGCGUCGCGGUCGCGUUUUUACAAAAAAAAAUAACUUUGCCCGAUUUCGGUCGAAUUUGAACUAUUUUUACAGUUAUGAAUAAUGCGGUCGCGCGUAUUUUCGACUUUAGGCGCUCUGAAACAGUUUCAAAGAGACCGCGACGCUCUGAGAAUUUUUCGAGAAUUUCAAGCGAUUCAUGAAAAAAAAAUUCAAUUUUCAGCACCGUCAUGAAAACAACAACAACAACAUGAACAUUUCAAUGAAAUCGCCAAACGUUGUACUGAAAACACCCGAAGCGUUGAAAGACAGUGCCUCGAAAAGGAAAAACAAGGAAAAGGAAAAGGAUAGCGCAUCGAAAAGGAAAAACAAGGAAAAGGAAAAGGAUAGCGCAUCGAAACGGAAGAACAAGGAUUUCGGGUCGAAGCGUUCUGUGAAGCAUUAG